GAUGAUAUUAAACCACGACUUAUCUUCAGAAGAAAUGUAUACACAAUGAAACACGACGAGACAAACACCCUUUAUUUAUACGAUUUUCAGAGGGUUGCUAACGUAGUCUGAUUGGGCCGAGGGGUGCGGUCUCGCGCACUCUUCGGUGUAGGGUCAGUGGAUCGAUCGCAUAAAUACCGCGUUGUCGAACGAUAAGUUAUCAUUUAUCUCAACAAACCUCGUCUUCGUUACAACCACUAAUACGUCUACAGCAAUAAGUUAUCAUGACCGGUCGCGGCAAAGGAGGAAAAGGUCUUGGAAAAGGAGGUGCCAAACGUCAUCGUAAAGUGUUGCGUGAUAACAUCCAGGGAAUCACCAAGCCCGCCAUCCGUCGUUUGGCUCGUCGAGGAGGAGUGAAGCGUAUUUCUGGAUUGAUCUACGAAGAGACCCGCGGAGUGCUAAAAGUUUUUUUGGAAAAUGUUAUCCGUGAUGCGGUCACUUAUACUGAACACGCAAAGAGGAAGACCGUUACCGCAAUGGACGUCGUCUACGCUCUGAAACGCCAAGGUCGUACAUUGUACGGAUUUGGUGGUUAGGUUCAACAAUUAAUUAGUAAUUUAUUAGUCCAACUUCUUCUAUUUUUGAAAUUACAUUAAAUUUUAAAUUUUUUUCAUUAAAAUGGUCCUUCUCAGGGCCACUAAA